AUGCCGCCCGACAGUGCACCGAUUGAGUUGACCAGCCAAACAUGUCGCCUCUGCCUGAACAUCAGUAACGAAUUGUUAGCCAUCGAGUCUGCCCUCACGCCGUCCGAGCUAAGUAACGUCGUGGACAAAUUUCUUAACAUCGACCUAAAGGACAACUGGCCUUUCAACAAUGCUUGCGACAACUGCCUGUACGAAGUGCGCCGGAUGGAGAACCUCCGAGUGGCAUACGAUGAAAAGAAUCGCAUUUUUGAUGUACUUUGGACACAAUACAAACGAAUCCACUCGCAAGAGAACAAGAAAUCGAUUGUGAUUCACCAGGAUCUGGUUAACAUGAACAAAGUUACGGAAGGAUACAUAAUCGGCGACAUGGUUCUAGAAAAUACGGGGUUGGAUGCAGAUUCUACGACGUUGCUCAUCAAGAGCGCGGACGACCAUGGACUGGAUAUGAUCAUCAAGCGGGAAGAUAUCGACUCGGCACUCGAGGAGGAGCUAGUGUACGAGGAAAUGCUCCUGGAAGAAUCGGAACUCGACGACAACAUUGAGCUUAUAGAGGAAGACAAAGAGGUGUUACUUGGGGAAGAGCAGGAAGAAGAAAAGAUGCAAAUGGCGCAGCAUGCGACGGAACAUGAUCCAAAUGAAGACAUAGAAGUGAUUGAUGAAGAAAUUGAGGGGUACCAUAUUCAUUCGGUUUCCGAACUAGAAGAACCCUGCAACGCAACGGCCAGCGGAAACGAACUCGAGCAGGAGCCAGUCGAUGAUAGUGAAGGCUAUUUCGAUAGAACGUUAAAUUGUUGCUAUCUCUGCAUGCAGACAUUCGAUGAUCUGGAGAGUCUCAACGAACACUUUGACGGUCAGCACCAGGAUGCGUUGCCGUUCCACUGCGACAAGUGUCUCGCAUACUAUCCGACAUUUGAGGACGUUAAUCGCCACCUCAUCUCACACGUUUACCCAUUCGUGUGUCUGUACUGCCCCCGCCAGUACAGUGACGAGCGCCGACUGCUGCAGCAUAAUAAAACAUGCCGCUCCUACAGAUGCCCUCACUGUCCGGCCGAGUUUGAGGUUAUGGCGCAUCUGAACACACACAAAAAACAGCACACGGCCCUGGUACGGUUAGCGAAUCGUUGCAGAAGUUGCGGCAAAACAUUCACUCAGCAAAGCAAUCUGGUGCGCCACCUAAACAUGCGAAACUGCGGGAAAACCGGAACAAAGUUGUCGAACAAAGCGGAGCGUGCGGCCCUUUUGGAGCGUAUGCGACCCGCCAAGCAGCGAAGUGAAAGCAGUUUGAGUGGCCACGAUGGGAUGCGGCUGAAGAAUGUGCUCGUGUGCCAGGUGUGCGGCCGCAGUUUCGAUAGCAAUUGCAACCUGGCCCGCCACAUUGACCGGGAGCAUGCGGAAUUCAAGUUUCAGCUGUUUGCGUGCGACGUAUGUCCAAAGAAGUUCACCGUGUUCGAGAAAUGUAUCCGCCACCGGACGUUUCACAGGCGCUCGCGGCAAAAGCCAAAACAGGCGAAGCAGGGUGGCUCCGACACGGUGUGCAAAAUAUGCCAAAAGGAGUUCCGGGUCGACUAUUUGAUGCUGCGCCACUUGGCAGAGGCCCACUCGCUGGCGCUGGAGUUGUUUCAGUGUGAUCAGUGCGGCCGAAAGUUUUCGACUGAGGCGAAACUCCGCAAACACGUUUACAACAGUCACCGUGAGAACAAAACGCUGUACGUGUGCUCGCACUGCGGACAGAAGUUUGAGAAGAGGCUUACCCUGAAGGACCACGAGGCAAAGCACUUGGGAAUGCAGGCGUACCGGUGUACCGUGUGCGACAAAACCUUCAUCCACAAGCACAGUCUCGACCGGCACGCACUCGUGCACAGUGACACGAAGAUGUUUGAGUGCGAAUUUUGUCACAAGAGCUUCAAGCGCAACAAUACCCUCGUGAUCCACCGGAGAACACACACCGGAGAGAAACCUUACGAGUGUGAACCAUGUGGUCUACGAUUUAUCGACUCGAGUACGCUCAUCAAGCACCGUCAACGUCAGCACACGAAAACCGAGUGAUGCACUUUCCGGUCCGUUACACUUUUCCAAUAUAUUUUUGUUUUGUAGAAUUCGAAAUCGGACACUCAUUACUUGUGCGUGAGCCUCUUUAAAAUUGAACCAGUAAUUGCGUAUAUCAUUUAAAUAAUUUGCAGCCGUUGAGUGACAAAGCCCUGCAAAUGACAU